AUGGAAGAUUAUGAAUAUGAUGAAAUUUUACAAAAAUUACCUUCACAUAAGAUAUAUAAUGAAUUGAAUAAUGUGGAUAAUAAUGUAGUAAUUAGUAGCGUUUGUAAAAGAGAGGAUUACAAAAAAUGCGGUGAUAUAGAUACUUGUCUUAACAUAUGUAAAUUUAAAUAUUUAUCUGAAAUACGUAAAUCAGAAGUCUAUUAUAAUCGAUGUUCACAUUAUAUGUACUGGGUAUAUAAGGAAAUAUGGAACUUAUUUAAAUCUAAUUCAAAUCCUAAUAAUGUGGAAGCUGUUAUUACUGAAUUUCUUAAUUUACAAUCUUCUCUUACUAGAUAUUAUGGAAUAUUAAAUUGUCAUUAUAUUUUUUCGAAAAAAAGCUUAGAAGUAUUGAAAACUAAAAAUGAAGAGAAACAUUUGUUUGAUUAUUUUAAAAAUUUUGAAUAUAUUAGAACUAAAGAAACUUGUGAUAAAGUUAAGAUUGAUAAAUAUAUAAAGUACCUUAAUUAUAUUCAUGUUUAUAUAAUGGAAAAA